AUGAAAUACAUCAAGGAUGAAAUAUUUGUCAUUCAUGGUGCCGCAGUAGGAUUCACAGCGUGUAUCUCGACUCGAGAUGUAACAAAUCUUGGGAUUCACCACACCAUUGUUUAUGACAGGAUCAUUACAAAUACUUCGGGUGCAUAUCAUGCCUCCACUGGAAUAUUCACAGCUCCUUAUAAAGGGUUGUAUGUGUUUUCUUCUACUGCAAUGUCCGUUGCUGGACAUAAACAAUAUUUGGAGAUUGUAAAAGAUGGCGCUGUUGUCAACAAGUUCCUUGUCGACGCCAGUGGUAAUCAGGGAUAUGAGGCAACCGGCAAUCAGUGGGUGCUUGAAAUGGAUCAAGGGUCCGAAAUUUGGAUAAGAACGAGUCAUGCUGGGGAAAUACAUGGAUACUGUUAUACACUCUUUUCAGGAUUCCUUCUUUCAGAAAUUUAUUAA